GGGGCCUGUUAGUCCUUAGCUCAUCCCCACCCCCCGAACCCCGGGGAACCUUUGGCACCCCCGGACGCCCAGGCUGGGUGAAGGAGGGCUGAGAGCGCUCCCGACGUCCCAGCUACACUCGGACACGAGCCACUUCGUUUACAGCUUUAAUGCCCAGACCACUCUGAAAACGGAAGGUGUUCGCUUUCGCCCGGAACCCUUGAGCACGCAGCCCGAUCCCUUGAAAGCCAGAUUCGGACUACGUUUCCCAUACACGCGCUCGCGAGGGGGAAGAGAUGCAGUGAGUGAGAGCGUGCCGAGAGCGACGAAGCAACGGGAGAUGGUGGCCUAUAGUGCAAGAGCCAUGCCGCGCCGAGGCCUAGUGGCCGGGCCAGACUUUGAGUUUUUCCUGCGUCGGUAUUUCACGCCGGCCGAGGUGGCCCAACACAACCGGCCGGAAGACCUUUGGGUAUCUUACCUGGGAUCCGUGUACGACCUGACACCGUUGGCUCAGGAGUAUAAGGGAGACCUACUGCUAAAACCCAUCAUAGAAGUCGCAGGCCAGGACAUCAGCCACUGGUUCGAUCCGAAGACCAGAGACAUCCGCAAGCACAUAGACCCGCUGACCGGCACCCUGAGAUACCGCACCCCCUGGGGCCGCUUUCUGCACGUCCCGCCGCAACUGCCCCGUUCCGACUGGGCCAAUGAUUUCGGGAAGCCCUGGUGGCAGGGGUCGCGUUAUGAGGUGGGGCGGCUGUCCGCCAAGACUCGGAACAUCCGCAUCAUUAACACGCUCACAUCGCAGGAGCACAUGCUGGAGGUGGGGGCCCUGGAGUCGAUGUGGGAAAUCCUACACCGCUAUCUCCCCUAUAACGCACACGCUGCCAGCUAUACGUGGAAAUAUGAAGGGAAGAACCUGAACAUGGAUUAUACCCUGGAACAGAACGGGAUCCGGGAUGAGGACGAAGAAUUUGACUAUCUCAGUAUGGACAGUGCACCUUAUACACCCGCGAUACUGCUGUACUUCAACGAUGACCUCACAGAACUCUAGGAAGGGAGAUAUAUGCUCAUGUAGACUUAAGAUA